AUGGCUGCAAAGACGACAGCCACGACAGCAGUUUUCUCUCUUGUGAACCUUCUAUUCGUCACCACGGUUUUUUCCCAAAUCGUAAUAACAGAACCUCAGCCCCCCCAGGUAUCACCUCCGUCCGCCCCCCCAGUGGUUCCUCCGUCCGCUCCCCCAGUGGUUCCUCCGUCCAGUCCACCAGUCGUACCUCCGUCCGCUCCCCCGGUGGUUCCUCCGUCCAGUCCACCAGUCGUACCUCCGUCUACUCCCCCAGUGGUUCCUCCGUCUACUCCCCCAGUGGUUCCUCCGUCUACUCCCCCUGUGGUUCCUCCCUCUACUCCCCCCGUGGUUCCCCCGUCCACUCCCCCAGUCAUUCCUCCAUCCCCGCCCCCAAUUGUUCCUCCGUCCCCACCUCCAUCCUCCCCGCCACCACCACCACCGCCCCCACCGCCGCCGCCACCUCGUCCCAUCGUAGGUCUGAGAUGCCUUAUCGAUGCCAUCGGGUUAAGAAUCUGUGCUCCGGUGCUCUCCGCUCUCCGGGUAAGCGGUAGGCGUCCCCCCAGAGGAGCUUGCUGCAACCUCAUCGCUAGACUCUCCAACCAACAGGCCCCAGUGUGCCUCUGCCUCGCCGCCAGGAACAGGUUCCUCGGCCUUAAUCUGCGGAUUCCCGAGGACGUCGCGUUGCUGCUGAACUUCUGCGGGAGGCCGGUGCCUGCUGGGUUGUCGUGCGCUUAA